AUGACAGUCGACACCCCACAUGGUCUGCGCCUUCGCAAAGCAGGUCCCCUUGAGCAGCUCUUCAACGCCCGUGGACAGCUUGGCUUCACUUCUUGGGUGGUCUCGGUGGCACAUUACAAGAACGACUCGUCCGCCGUUCUCACCAAGCCGCUCUUAUACAGCGCACUCCGCACCGUCAUCCAUGCCAAUAUUGGUCUUGCGGCACAAUUGCCUCGCCCACCAGCGAAGCCUGUCUGGGUGCGCAUGCCAUCCCUCAACCUCGACGAAGUGAUCACGCUCCUCGACAAGGACGGCGCGAGCUCAUUGACCGAAGUGCUUGAGGCAGAAUUUGCCACCCCGGUUCAGUACACCGCCGACUUGCCCUACUGGCGUCUCUUCGUCUUCCGAGACGGCUUCGUCGCCUUCGCGUACGACCACACCCUCGGCGACGGCCAGUCCGGCUCCGCCUUCCACGCGAACCUCCUUUCCGCCCUCCGCGCUGCGUCUGCCGGCUCCGAUUCCCCUGCGCAAUCGCCUCUCAUCUCCGACUUCCCCCUCGAAGCCCACCUCCCGCCCGCCGUCGAAACCGCCGCGAAGACCACCCCGCCCCCACUCUGGGCUGCAAAGAAGGUCGCGCAGACGCUCCUCCCGAAGCUGAACCCCCGCGCGCUCGCGUCCUGGACCGCGCACCCGGCGCAAGACCCCCCGACGCUCGUCACCCGCGUCCGCAUCCAGCACAUCUCACCCGCUGACACCGGCACGCUCGUCGCGCUGAGCCGCGCGCACGGGACCACCCUCACGGGACGCUGCACACGCUCGCGCUCCUCGCGCUCUCCGCUCUCAUCCCCACGCACGACGCCUCGUGCGCACCCGCCGCCCUACGCGUUCACGAUCCGGACGCACUGCCCGCUCCUGCCCGUGCCCGCGCCGACCGACCCCGACGUAUCGGGCUACGCGCACGCGCUCGACGUCCACCCCGCGACGUUCCCGUGGGCGGCGGCGGCGGCGAUGUCGGCGCGGCUGCGCGCCAAGGCGCCGGGCGCCGGGCGGCACAUCGGCCUGCUCAAGCUCCUCCUCUGGGACCUCCGUGCGCUCUUCGGGGACGCGGACGCGGACGCGCUCGGGAGCGUGGGCAAGAAGCGCUCCGAGGCGUUCGAGCUCUCGAACCUCGGCGCGUUUCCCGCGCUCCCGACGGCACCAACAAACGGGCUUGGGAAGGAGGAGGUGCAGUGGCGGAUCCGCGAGGUGCUGUUCGUGCAGGCGGACGUGACGCUCGGGGCGGCGGUCAAGCUGAACGUCGCGGGCACGCCGGACGGGGGGCUGGGCUUGAGCGUGACGUGGGGGGAAGGCGCGAUCGAGGACGAGUUUGGGGAGGCAUUCGCGAGGAUGGUGUUCGACGGUGUCCAGAGCUUGUGCCUUGAACAGCCUCUUUAA